AUGCUUGUUGCGAGUUUCGACCGCGGAGAUGAUGUUGAUGGAUUCGACGAUGUUGUCCGUGGCAAAGGCCAAGGAUUGAUCAUUCUUCUCCACGGAGCUCCCGGACUUGGAAAGACUAUGACGGCUGGUAGGAUAAUUUUCGUAGUUGCCCUAUCCACCAAAUACCGCUGUAACCCGAUAAGCGCUUACGACCUGGCAAGGGAGAGAGAUGAUAUGAACGAUACGCUCCAAAAUACCUUUCAGGUAGCGGAGCGGUGGGGAGGCGUUCUUCUUCUCGAUGAAGCCGAUAGUCGCAUGUCCGAAGAGUCCGAUGGUCGCAGCUUCCUCGACGCAGGUCACAUUCUAACAAUUUCUACAGCCUUCUUGCGGCACAUAGAAUUCUACAACGGCCUCCUUUUUCUGACCACGAACUACAAGGGUCGAUUUGACGACGCAUUUCACAGCCGCAUGCACGUAACUAUAAAGUACCCUGAUCUCUCUCCUGGAUCACGAUCCAAUAUCUGGUGCAGCUUGCUCACGCAAUCUCCAAGAAAGCCUGGGAUUGACGAUUCUUGGACAGAUCUCGCGUACGACGUCUUAGGCCGCUUGCAAACCAAUGGUCGCCAGAUCAAGAACAGUAUCAUGACAGCUUGCCGAGUCUCGAAGUCCGAGAAGGUGGCACUGGGAGUGCGACACAUCAUGCAAGUCAUCCAGAUUACCUUACCAGGUGAGCAAUCGGAGCAAGUUGUGAGGGAGCUGGAGAAGAUAAUGGCGGAAGAUGCCAAGGGGAAGACUUGGCUGGUGGAGCACCAAGCGAAGAGACCGUAA